GAGUCCAAGCACUGUCACCGUGUUCCCACUGACUACACAACCCAGGAUAAGGAACAGCGGCGAGCUCCUGGCAGGCCGCAGGCACGGUCGGUCGCCAAGCAGCCACGACGCCCACCAUGUCUCCAUUAUUACCUUCACUCCCUUGAGGGGCCUUCUCAAGGUUCGCACUCACUCCGAGCUCGCCAUUGACAUGAGCACCGCGUCGGCAGCUCUGCUGUUCCUUGCUGCGCACUGCCUGCUGCUGCUCAUGGGGUCGGAGGCGGGCGGCGGCGUGUUCGACCUCGGGCGCCACGGCGUCAGGCUCGCCCGGGUCGACGAGGCCCGGGCGCCGUCGAGGUGCGGGGGCAGCGCGCCGCCGGCCCCGCCCGGCGCGGGCGCGCUGCCGCCGCCCAAGCCGCUGCUCGUCGCCGCGCCGCGCGAGGCCGGGGAGUACCCGGUGCUCGUCUUCCUCCACGGCUACCUCGUCGUCAACUCCUUCUACUCGCAGCUGCUCCAGCACGUCGCCUCCCAUGGCUACAUCGUCGUCGCACCUCAGUUGUACACGAUAUCCGGGGCCGACACCACCGAGGAGAUCAACGCGGCGGCGGCCGUCAUCGGCUGGAUCCCCGGCGGCCUCUCCUCUGCGCUGCCGCCCGGCGUCCGCGCGGACGCCACAAAGGUAUCCGUCUCCGGCCACAGCCGCGGCGGGAAGGUGGCCUUCGCGCUGGCGCUGGGCCACGCCAAGCUCGCCCUCCCGCUCGCCGCGCUCGUCGCCGUGGACCCCGUGGACGGCAUGGGCGUGGGCAGGCAGACGCCGCCGCCGAUCCUCACGGGCCGGGGCGGCUCCCUCCGCGUGCCUGCGCCGGCCAUGGUCCUCGGCACGGGGCUCGGGGAGCUGCCCCGGGGCCCGCUGCUCCCGCCGUGCGCGCCCCGGGGCGUCAGCCACGCCGCGUUCUACGGCGAGCUGGACCGCGCCGCGGUGGCCGGGGCGUGCCACCUCGUGGCCGCGGACUACGGGCACACGGACAUGAUGGACGACGACACGCCGGGCGCCAGGGGAAUGCUCACGCGCGCCAUCUGCAGGAGCGGCGGGGCCAGGGCGCCCAUGCGGCGGUUCGUGGGCGGCGCCGCCGUCGCGUUCCUGGACAAGUGGGUUCGUGGGGACGGCGCGGCGCUGGAUGGCAUCAGGGCGCGGCCGGAGCAGGCGCCCGUGGCGCUGUCGGUCGUGGAGUUUCUCGACGAGGAGGCGCCGGCAGAGUAGCUUGCAGGAUCUGUCAUCUGCAGGACCGUGACGGCAGAAAUUUGACACGUCGAAAUUACAGCAGGUUGAUAAGAUGAAAUGGACAUGCGUAGAUUUUUUUUAGAAAACGAACACGGAGGGAUGUACUAUGUACUGUAGACUCUACUCUCCUGUUGGGUGCUACCAGCGGAUGACGCAAAAACCGUCCCUAGCGCACGCUUCAGGCUCAUGUUGGAAGGCUAAGCACUUGUCGUAUAAAACUAGAUUAACUAUUAUAAACUAUGUUCUUAGCAGUUUAUCCAUAUUAAUGAUAUCCUUUUUUCGAGAUACCAA